UCUUCACCUAUCUUGCUGUCUCUCUUUCUACUGUUAAAGCUCCGAUUUUCCCCAAAGAAUUUAUUAGUUCUCAUAAUUCAGUUUAGAAAAUUCUUUCAUUUCAUGGUCUGUAGUUCCUCAGUUCCAGAAUUACCAAGUUUCUUAAUAUGAUGAGCAAAUCCAAGGAGUUCUUUCAAAAUCUGUUUAAACCAUUCAAGUUCAACUCAGACAAAGAUUGGCGGAAUGGAGAUGACUUGCAGAAAAUAGCUCAACAAGAGCAAAAGCAUUUCCCUUUCGAGAUUUUAGUUGCUGCCACUAACAAUUUCAGCCAUCAUCAGAAGCUUGGUGAAGGGGGUUUUGGACCUGUUUAUAGGGGGAAACUAGAUGAUGGAAGGGAAAUUGCAGUGAAGAAGCUAUCUCAUAGCUCAAAUCAGGGUAAAAAGGAGUUUGAGAAUGAGGCUAGGUUGCUAGCUCAAGUGCAGCACCGCAAUGUUGUGAACCUUUUAGGUUACUGUGUUCAUGGUCAGGAAAAGCUUUUGGUAUAUGAGUACAUCACCAAUGAGAGUCCAGACAAGAUUCUUUUCAAAUCGAAUAGAAAAUGGGAGCUUGACUGGAUGCGGAGGUAUGAAAUAAUUUCGGGUGUGGCACGGGGCUUACUCUACCUUCAUGAAGACUCGCACAAUCGCAUCAUUCACCGGGAUAUCAAAGCAGGUAAUAUACUACUUGAUGAUAAAUGGAUCCCAAAAAUUGCUGAUUUUGGUAUGGCUCGUCUCUUCCCUGAGGAUCAAACACAUGUCAACACCCGUGUAGCCGGUACCAAUGGAUAUAUGGCACCGGAGUACGUCAUGAACGGACAUCUCUCAGCAAAGGCAGACGUGUUCAGCUUCGGGGUUGUGGUUCUGGAGCUGAUAAGUGGCCAGAGAAACUCAUCGUUCAACUUAGAUGUGAAUGCUCAUAGUCUACUUGAUUGGGCUUAUAAACUUUACAAGAAAGGGAAAAGCAUGGAGUUCAUGGACCCGGUCUUGGCUUCAUCCGCAGUCCCUGAGCAAUUAGCUUCGUGCAUCCAGAUAGGGCUACUAUGCACGCAAGGGGACCCGCAUAUACGGCCCGACAUGAGCCGUGUUGUUAUUUUGCAGUCAAAGAGACCUGGCAGUCUCGAAGAGCCAACGAGACCCGCAGUUCCGGGUACUAGAUACCGAAGAUCCCGCAGGCCUCUUGGAUUCUCUUCCACCACAGCAACGUCAAGUCUUUCGGAUUCCCAUUCAUCUGGAUCAAUCUUUAAUACAAAUACUGCUUCUGCUUCUACAUCAGCUCUUGCAAGCCCCGUGAGAUCAGAUCCGCAUGGAAAGUGCUCAGUUCAGAGUUGAAGUUUUGCGGGAGAUCUUGGGUUAUUCUUUUGUUUUUUUAGCUGACCCUAUUCUCAUAUGUAAUGGGGUAAGAGGAGAUAGGAUAGUAGGCUGCCCCCAACGUCAGGUUGAGAGCAGUUUCCGUGAAAGACCUCCGACAGUAAGAUUUAUGAAUUGAACACCGUGAGUUAUUCUUUUGUGUAUUAUAAUAAUAGAUCUCGGGUUACCAA